AUCGCCGCCGCAAAAAUUUUGAGGACUCUCCUCUUCCUUUAGAAGCUUCUAUGCUUUGAUUAUUCAUCAAAUCAGCCUGUUUAGAUUCAAAAUGUCGAUUACGAUAACGCUUAAGACAUUGCAGCAGCAGUCAUUUACCGUAGAAAUCGAUGAAAGUGAAACGGUAAAAAAGUUAAAAGAAAAAAUAGAAGAGGUAAAGGGGGCUGACAAUUUCCCAGUAGGAGGACAGAAACUUAUUUAUGCAGGAAAAAUAUUAGAAGAUGAAAAAACUGUCAAAGAUUGUAAUAUUGAGGCAUCAAAUUUCAUAGUUGUGAUGGUCACGAAGCCUAAGGCGGCUCCAUCUAAACCAGCAGAAAGUAAACCAGCAGAGGUUGCUGCUCCGGCCGCAGCAGCUGCCCCGGCGGCUCCCACACAGCCUGCCGAGAAGAAGGAGGAAGCUAAAGAUGAGAAAAAGGAGGAGGCUUCAGCUGCAUCAACGCCAGCAGCCACUGCCAUGGACACUACACCGAGCACAACUGCUAGCACAGCCACGACAGAACCUGCAGAACCAUUAGAUGAAGCCAGCAACAGGCUUGCCACUGGUUCACAGUAUGAGAAGGCCGUCACUGGCCUCGUUGAGAUGGGUUUCCCAAGAGAACUUGUAAUGAGAGCCAUGAGUCAGGCUUUUAACUGCCCUGACAGAGCUGCAGAAUAUCUUCUUUCGAAUACCGUUCGAGACGAACCCGUCGCAGCUCCCCCUGCAACUCCACCACAAGGAACAGGACCGCGUCCCGGUGCACCAACAGGUGCAGCUCCUUUGCGGCAACCGGUUCAAGCCACAGCUGCUGGAAACCCAGCUGCCCCGGCAGGAGGAAGCACUGGCACUGCAGCCGGAGAAGAAAAUCCAUUGGCAUUUUUGAGAGAUCAACCCCAUUUUCGUCGCAUGUGUGAAAUGGUACAGAGUGAACCCAGACAAUUGCCAGAGUUCUUACAGCAGAUUGGCCAAGACAACCCAGAUUUAUUAAGAUUGAUUAAUGAGAAUCAGCAGACGUUUGUGAAUAUGUUGAAUGAGCCACACGAAGGGCAUGGUGGAGGGGGGGUUGGUGGUGGCGCUGUUCCUAACCUACCUGCCACGAUACAGAUUACACCAGAUGACAAAGCUGCUAUUGACAAGCUCAAGGCAAUGGGAUUUAAUGAGAUGAAUUGUAUUCAGGCAUACUUCGCAUGUGACAAGGACGAGCAGGCCGCUGCCAACUUCUUAAUGGAGGAAAUGUUGGAUGACGAGGAGAGUAAUAGUUGAUUCUGUUGCCAAUAAUUGUGAUAGAAAGACAGUUUUUGUACAGAUUACAGAUACAGUUUGGUGACGAGUUGGCUUAUUCAUUUUUCAAGGAAAAAUUUUACAAUAUGGCAUAUUGUAAUCAAAUGAUCAGCUUGAGCAUAUGGAGCCUUGGGUUCCACAAAUCCCACGGCAUUAUUCCUGUAUGAGACACCCUCGGCAGUGUUCUCUUUGUGGAACCCUCCCUGGGCUUCUCUUCUUUAUGGUCAUCUGUGGCGUUGUGGAGGAUUUGCUGGAAGACGUUAAGUUUCUUGGAUCUUUUUUUGAUAACAAAGAUGUGAACCCUACUUCACGUUUGCCUAGCCCAGGGGGACACUCUUGAGACUUUCACAUUGUUGUAGGUGACUAUCAAGGCUCCAGUUGCUCAAAAAACGCAGAUUUUUUUCAAUGAAAUGGUUCAAUGGUGUAUUUUGUUCACCCUUCUGCCUGUAUAAAAGUAGAAAAUAUUGCGGAGAUCUUUCCCAUAGUGCUUGUUAGAUUAUGCUGAUACCUCCAAAGGUGGUUGGUUUCUCCAACCAACUCUUUAAACUAUAUUGUACAUGGAGUUUGAAACAUCGAAUUGUUGUCAUUCAGAUUAUACACCUCCCAGGAGAUGGCAUGUUAGUUUCCAAGUUAUAGAAAAUGCGUUUAUUCUAUUCUGAAUUUGAUAGCAUUUAUCCAAGCGUUGGGAUGCCCAUAUUCCUUGCAUCAUAGCUAUUUACCUAAGCUAUGCCAAAGCUUUUGGUGGCUUUUCAAAGUAUCAUGAUACAUUUUCAUAUCUGGAAUGAAGGCCUUCUAUACCCAUGUAGUGUACGACGAGUGUUACAUGAUGUGAGCUGUUCUUGAGGGUUGCCAACAGGGAAUGUCUGCUUGUAUAUUUUGUAAAGGUUAAGUAGCUUGUUCUGUAUUCUGUGUCAGUUACAACAACUUGUGUUCAGAGUUCUUUUCUAGAAGUGUAAAUAGCAUACAUGAAGUUCUAAAGAUUUAGUGAUGAGCUGACUUCACUGGGUUUGUCAGAUGCUAAGCACAUUAAGAGAUCCACACUACCCUGCCUAAACCUGGUGUUUUCUAGCGUGGGCUAUUGUUCUUCACUGUCUUCUGACAUAAAAAUCGGUGCUCCUUAGCUAUUCUGUGGCGUGUGUUAAGUGGCGCCUCCUUCAUCUCUUUGUUGAAAGCUUAAUCUAUAAACCUGAGCAGUUUAUUUUUCAGUGUUUAUAUGUCUGCUUUGAUCAUUUGCAAUUUAUCCAAUGGGUGGGGAGAAUCAACACUAAAAUAUUGUAGGUCCGACUCAACCAACUGGAUUCGAAACCAGCUGUAUGCUCUUUCAUCUCACUUUCCUGCCAAAGUUUUGUUUUGAUAUUUCCGUUUAAGGAAAGAAUGAUGAAUUUAGCCCAGAUUGUCCUAAAUUGAAACUCGAUGUGAAUGAACUGCCUAUUAUCUGAAUUCAAUGUCUGUAACCAAGCCACCUCUAUGAAGGAGUUGUUCAGCGGCAUCAGCCUACAUGUAUCUCGAGGGGACCUUGAUUAUAGUGGUUGUAUUUUAGUGGAAAGCAAUUUACGAUGUCCCAGCUUUAAAGGCUCCUUAAUGUGCAUCCUGGGUUCUGGAAAAGCAUACUCGGAUUAAGGUAUUUCAGUUGAUUUGAAAUGGUCAGCUAUAAAAAGCAAACAUUUGUUUUAAAACAAACAUAAAUAAAAUAUGAAAGG